CGACUUUCUUAUUGGAUGUUACUGUCUUUUAGAAAAAAAUGGUUCAUCAAGUUCCAGAAAACAUAAGCUUUCCAAAUGAAGAAGAGAAGAUCUUGCAGCUCUGGAAGAAUAUUUAUUGCUUCCAGUAAUGCCUGAAGCAAUCAAAGAACAGACCUAGGUUUAACUUCUAUGAUGGCCCACCAUUUGCUACCGGGCUUCCACACUACGGACAUAUUCUUGCAGGAACUGUUAAAGACAUAGUAACCAGAUUCGCCCAUCAGAGUGGUUUUCAUGUCGACAGAAGAUUUGGAUGGGAUUGCCAUGGUUUACCUGUGGAGUAUGAAAUCGACAAAACCUUAGGCAUCAAGGGACCGGAGGAUGUGGCGAAGAUGGGGAUUGCUGAAUACAAUGCCCAGUGCAGAGGAAUUGUGAUGAGAUACUCUAAAGAGUGGGAGUUCAAUGUUACCAGGUUAGGACGCUGGAUUGACUUUGAAAAUGACUAUAAAACUCUUUAUCCUGAGUUCAUGGAAUCUGUGUGGUGGGUUUUCAAGCAGCUAUAUGACAAAGGCCUGGUGUACAGAGGGGUUAAAGUCAUGCCUUUUUCAACUGCAUGCAACACUCCACUAUCAAACUUCGAGUCUCAUCAGAAUUACAAGGAUGUUCAAGAUCCUUCUGUGAUUGUGAGCUUCCCACUGGAUGAAGAUGAAAGUGCAUCUCUAGUUGCUUGGACCACAACUCCUUGGACUUUACCUAGUAAUCUGGCCCUUUGUGUUAAUCCAGAAUUACAAUAUAUAAAAUUGAGAGAUAACGCCACAGGAAAGAUCUACAUAUUGAUGGAAGCCAGGCUGAUAGCCCUGUACAAAUCUGACACUGAAUAUGAGGUACUUGACAGGUUUCCUGGCAUUGCUCUUAAAGGCAAGAAAUAUAAACCACUCUUUGAAUAUUUUAUUAAGUGCAAAGAUAAUGGCGCUUUUACCGUGGUGGUAGACAGUUAUGUGAAGGAGGAGGAAGGCACAGGUGUUGUACAUCAGGCCCCCUAUUUUGGUGCUGAUGAUUACAGAGUCUGCAUGGAUUUUAAUAUCAUUCAGAAAGAUUCUGUGCCUGUUUGUCCUGUUGAUGCAUCGGGCUGCUUCACAGCAGAAGUGGCUGACUUUGUUGGACAGUAUGUGAAGGAUGCAGAUAAGAACAUCAUUAAGUUACUGAAAGAGAAAGGCAGACUGGUUCACAGCAGUAGUUUUAAGCACAGCUAUCCUUUCUGCUGGAGGUCAGAUACUCCGUUAAUAUACAAAGCUGUGCCAAGUUGGUUUGUGAGAGUGGAGCACAUGGUGGAGAAGCUACUAGAGAAUAAUGCGCAGUGCUACUGGGUUCCAGAUUUUGUGAGGGAAAAACGUUUUGGGAACUGGCUUAAAGAUGCGCGAGACUGGGCUAUAUCCAGGAACCGGUACUGGGGAACACCCAUCCCUCUGUGGGUCAGCGAUGAUUUCCAAGAGGUGGUUUGUGUUGGAUCCAUAGCAGAAUUGGAAGAGCUGACAGGAACAAAAGUCACUGAUAUUCAUCGAGAAAGUGUUGAUCAUCUGCUUAUCCCUUCACGCUGCGGCAAGGGCUCCUUGCGUCGCAUCGCAGAAGUUUUUGAUUGCUGGUUCGAGAGUGGAAGCAUGCCUUAUGCACAGGUCCAUUAUCCUUUUGAAAACAAAAGGGAGCUUGAAGAUGCCUUCCCUGCUGACUUCAUUGGUGAAGGCAUUGACCAAACCCGAGGAUGGUUCUACACUUUGUUGGUGCUGUCCACUGCUCUUUUUGGAAAGCCUCCUUUCAAGAAUGUAAUUGUAAAUGGCUUAGUUCUUGCCAGUGAUGGCCAAAAAAUGAGCAAAAGGAAGAAGAAUUACCCUGAUCCAAUGAACGUUGUAAAUAGUUAUGGAGCUGAUGCACUAAGGUUAUACCUUAUCAAUUCUCCUGUGGUAAGAGCAGAAAACUUGCGAUUUAAAGAGGAAGGCGUGAGGGAUGUCCUGAAGGAUGUCUUCCUGCCCUGGUACAACGCCUACCGCUUCCUGAUUCAGAACGUGCAGGUCCUGCAGCACAAGGAUGAGGGAAGGGAAUUCCUUUACAAUGAAAGCACAGUUAAGGAGAGUAAUAACAUCAUGGAUAAAUGGAUUCUUUCUUUCACCCAAUCACUCAUUCAGUUCUUCAAAGCUGAAAUGGCAGCCUACAGGCUGUACACUGUAGUCCCUCGACUAGUGAAGUUUGUUGAUAUUCUGACCAACUGGUAUGUUAGAAUGAAUCGCAGAAGGUUAAAGGGUGAGAAUGGGACUGAAGACUGCAUUAUGGCUUUGGAAACAUUGUUUAGUGUCUUAUACUCCAUGUGCAGACUUAUGGCACCAUAUACUCCAUUCAUCACUGAACUGAUGUAUCAGAAUCUGAGGACGCUCAUUGAUCCAGGCUCAGUUCAGGAAAAGAACACCGAAAGCAUCCACUACCUCAUGCUUCCCCAAGUGAGGGAGGAUCUGAUCGACAAAAAAAUUGAAAGUGCCGUUUCUUGCUUGCAGUCUGUCAUUGAGCUCGGACGAGUAAUUCGAGAUAGAAAAACCAUACCAGUAAAGUAUCCUCUGAAAGAAGUAGUUGUUAUCCACCAGGAUCCAGAGGCUCUGGAAAACAUCAGGUCUUUGGAGAAAUACAUCCUUGAGGAGCUUAAUGUACGUCAAGUGACAUUAUCCACUGAUAAAGAUAAAUACGGAAUCCGGCUGAGAGCAGAACCGGAUCACAUGGUGCUCGGGAAGCGUUUGAAAGGUGCCUUUAAGCUGGUCAUGGCUGCAAUCAAGGAGCUGAAGAGUGAGCAGCUGGAGAAAUUCCAGGAGACAGGCAGCAUUGUUGUGGAAGGACAUGAGUUGCAUGCGGAAGAUCUUCGUCUCAUGUAUACUUUUGAUCAGGUUGCUGGAGGAUCUGCCCAGUUUGAGGCACAUUCUGAUGCUCAGGUUUUAGUUCUGCUAGAUGUUACCCCGGACCAGUCGAUGGUGGAUGAAGGAGUUGCCCGGGAAGUGAUUAAUCGAAUUCAGAAGCUUCGCAAAAAGCGAAAUCUGGUUCCUACAGAUGAGAUUACCGUGUACUACAGAUCGAAUCCGGAAGGUGACUACUUGGACACUGUUAUUAAGGAGCACACAGAUUUCAUUUUUGCAACAGUGAAGGCUGCCCUGAAGCCGUACCCAGUACCUACCUCAAAAGAAGUUCUCAUCCAGGAGACAACACAACUGAAAGGAUCAGAACUAGAAAUAACACUGGUCAGAGGUGGUUUGUGUCACUCUGCUGGUCCAGCCUGCGCCUAUGUCAACCUUAAAGUUUGCGUUAACGGAGCAGAGCAAGAUGGCGUUUUGCUGCUGGAGAAUCCAAAAGGAGAUAAUACCUUGAACUUCCCUAGGCUUGUAGAUGCCGUGUCCUGUAUUUUUGGUCUUCAGAAUUCAAAACUGACAAUUUUUAAUGGAAAAACAGAACUGAUAAGCACAACUGACCUGCUCAGUCUCAGCGGAAAGACUCUCCACGUGACAGCGGGGCCAGCGCCGGCGCUGCCCGGCUCCCCCGGCGCUCUCCUCUGCCAGUAUAUCAACUUGCAGCUGCUCAAUGCGCAGCCACAAGAAUGUCAGAAAGGAACAGUGGGAACUCUUCUAAUGGAAAACCCUGUUGGUGAGAAUGGAUUAACAUAUCAAGGUCUUCUACAUGAAACGGCAAAAGUUUUUGGACUCAGAAGCAGGAGGCUAAAGUUGUUCCUAGAUGAAGCACAAACACAGGAGAUUACAAAGGACAUCUCAAUGAAGAUCCUGAAUAUGAAGACUGUAUAUGUCUGUGUUAUACCCACCACAGCUGAAUGCUAAGGAUGCCAUUUUUACGAUUAAGACCAUGUAGACUUUUUUCCACAGAAAUGAAACCAAAUUGAAUUAGUAUGCUUUCAAAUUAACAUCCUAGUUGUGUAUCGUACUUCUAACAUCUCGCAUUGAACACGGGAUGUUUUCUACCAGUGCAUGUGUAAUAUGCUGCUCUUUGGUUUCAAAUACAAUGUAUUUUCAUGAUGUUAUGAUACUGUAAAAGCUGUUCAGAGUCAUGUCCGAGCUCCUUAACGCUAGUUAUCUAUGCAGUAAUUUACCUGGCUGAAAUGAGACUAGUACCUCAGUGACGCUGUUCUCUGCCUGCGUGUUACGCAGGGAGCAUCUUCGCUUUUCUAAACGGUGGGUUAUGUGCAAGGCUCUAUCAUACGUACACUAUGUUACAAAAGCUUUGAAAAUUAUUAAAGGGUUCCCAGCUUUGUUCAUUCAUGCUAGGUGGAUUUUCCUAAAGUGUGUGGUGGUUGAUUUAAGAUAUUUCCAAAUUCCAACAGUUUGAACAAUAAAUUUGCUUUU